AUGGCUAGCUCAAGUAAAAGUAAAGCAUUUCCCUCCACUGCUAAGCUCACACAUCCUCUCACCAUUGAUGGUAAGGAGUAUGUUCCUGAGCCUCCAUUUGCAGAAGAGAAGGCAAAAAUCUGGCAUUCUCAGGCACCUCCUGAGAAAUCCUCUGAUAAUGAUGAGCGCCCUAUUGCUCAAGUUUUCUUAAAACCCAGUUUUUCGGGUCAACCAUGUUUGACAGACCCCAAUGUCUCCUCUCACUCCAAGAAAUCCAAAAAACACAAACGCUCUGCUGCCACAGGACCAGAGGUAUUUCUUGUCGGCUUGUCUGAUCUUCUGACUAGAAUAUCCGCUUAUAACCUUUCUUCAUGUCUGCAGCCGCCUUCUCAGCCGACUCAACCAUCUUCUCAGCACUCCCACAAAUCCAAAGGCCAUCAGGGCCACAAAAGGAAGAAGCACGAUUCUCCUUCUAGGAGUGGUGAAGCCAAGAAGAAGAGACACCAUAAAGUGCUCACUCCAGAGGCUCCUGCUUUAGAUGCCGACACUAUUGUGGUCGACACUUCCAUUCUUAACAAAGCUCCCGCUCUAGCUGUGGGGGCUUCACAGUCAACCAGCACCCCUGCUGCUGCUGUCUUGGGGGAAGAAAAUCCAGAGGUUGUCCCCCCUACACCAACACAGGUAGUCACUUGUUUCACUAUCUUUUCCAUUGAAUUACUGGACUUUUCUUACAAACAUCUUUUUCCUUACAACUGGCUGAUGCUUCUGCUGAGCCAUCUCACCCUGUCACCGACUAUACUCCUUCGUCGUCGGCUUCUUCUCCAACUCACCCACUACAAUCUAUCGACACUGCUGCUUCCUUGCCUUUGCAGGAUUCAAGGGGACCAGUGGAUGUCGGCACCACUAAAAACCAACCUUCUCAAACUACUCCUCUGUCAACUACUUCUCCUUCAUCUUCCCAGGGGCUGGCAAUAA